AGCCAGAGCUUGUGCCCUUUUUCAAGAUGGAGGAAUCCUGCACGUGGGAGAAGGAGAACCCCGCUUCUAGCGGCAGCGGCAGCAGCAGCAGCAGCGAUGAAGUGGACGAUAUGGAUAUGGAGGAAAAAGAGGAGAAGAAGCAAGGAAAAGCUCAAGGAGGGGCUUAUGUGCCAGGAAAAGGUCCCCCACCAGCCCCUGGAGAAGAGCUGGUGAUGGACGAAGGUGCAUAUCGGCUCUACCAUCGCGCAGGCACGGGGGCUCCUUGCUUGAGCUUCGACAUCUUGCAAGAUGGCCUUGGAGACAACCGAACCAGCUAUCCACUGAGCCUUUUCCUUUGUGCGGGAACGCAGGCUGAAAGUGCCCAGGCCAACAGGCUGCUAGUGAUGAAAAUGUACAAUCUCCAUGGGACCAAACCAGCUGGCAAAAAUUCUUCUGGAUCAGAGAGUAGCAGUGAGAGUGAAGGUGAAGAUGAAGAUGAAGAGAAGAAACCCCAGCUGGAACUGGCCAUGGUUCCCCAUUAUGGAGGGAUUAACAGAGUGCGGGUGACGGAGCUGGGUGAGACCCAGAUAGUAGCAGCUUGGUCUGAGAAAGGGCAGGUGGAUAUAUAUGAUCUUCAGUGCCCCUUAGUGGCUGUUUCUCACCCCCAAGCGAUGACACACUUCUUGCGAGAAGAGCAGGCCAAGAUCAAACCCAUAUUUUCAUUUACCGGGCAUAUGUCAGAGGGCUUUGCCAUGGACUGGUCCCCCAAGAAACCAGGCACUCUUUUGACUGGUGAUUGCAAUAAAAAUAUCCAUCUGUGGACACCCAAGGAGGAUGGCUCGUGGUUUGUAGAUCAGCGGCCUUUCACAGCCCACACAGCAUCAGUGGAAGACAUACAGUGGUCCCCAAAUGAAGCUACAGUUUUUGCUUCGUGUUCAGCUGACACCUCCAUCCGGAUCUGGGACAUACGGGCCGCGCCGGGGAAAGCCUGCAUGCUGACCACCAGCCAGGCACACGAUGCAGACGUCAAUGUGAUCAGUUGGAACCGAAAUGAGCCCUUCAUUGUCAGUGGGGGUGAUGAUGGGAUCCUGAGGAUUUGGGAUCUGCGGCAGUUUCAGAAAGGUUCAGCUGUUGCCACCUUCAAGCAGCACACCGCACCCAUUACGUCGGUUGAAUGGCACCCCACCGAUAGUGGCGUGUUUGCUGCCUCUGGGGCCGAUGACCAAGUCACUCAGUGGGACUUAGCUGUGGAACGUGACGAAGGAGGAGAGGCCGAGGACCCAGCCUUGGCUGCCAUCCCACCCCAGCUGCUCUUUGUUCACCAGGGAGAAAAUGAUAUCAAGGAGCUGCAUUGGCACCCACAGUGCCCUGGCACCCUCAUCACCACCGCCCUGUCUGGGUUCAACAUCUUUCGAACCAUCAGCGUCUGAGGGGGGCUUUCAAACUUCAGCUGGCAUUUGCAGGAGGGGUCAAAAGAGUCAAGACAGUGGCCACCCCCGUGCAACGGAAGCCCCGCCCGCCCACCCUUCCACACGUUGCACGUGCAAUCCAUGCACAGAGCAGCUCUGAUUCUGCUUUGAGAAAGAGAAAUUCAAAACAGGCUUUGGUUUUUUUCAUGUCUAUGGAACUGCCCCAAUGAGUGUAUUUCUGUAUCAUGUAUCUAGUAUAUCCAUCAUGUGCACUGGGAAGGAAGCUAUUUUGAAAUAGUUGCAAAGAAGAAUGUGUUUCAGUAUAAAUUAUUUUGGAAGUAAAA